CAACUCACGUGUGAAUAACUUUUUAUAGUGAUUUAUUGUAUUCAAAAUAACAUGAUUUUAACGAUGAACCUAUUUCUGUCUCCUUAUGUCCCCCUUAUGCAAUAGAUUUUAAAACCGGUUUGCCACCAUUUUCUUUAGAAUAUAUUUAAAUAAUCGUACCUUGCGUAUUAUCUAUCAUUAUAACAUACGAUUUCCUUGAGAUUUCGAGGUCAAUAUAACAUAUAAUUAUGUGCAGUAAUCUGCUAAGUUCAAAGUAAACAAAUAAAUAUAUAUGAAGUAUUAGUGAUUAGUCGCAAUUUUGAAGUAUUUUUAUAAUUGAUAAAGUUUUUAUGUGCGGUUGCCGAUUGUAUCACAAAUAAACAACGUAACCUCAAAUUUUUUGCGUAAACUCAGGAAAAAUUCGUUCCUGGAUGGUUUUUCUACCAAAAAUAUAAAAUUUAUAAAAGAAAAAACAAAAAAAUAUGUCGAUUAUAACCGGAGAUAUUCUAUUUAAUUUGAUAACGAUAAUUAUUGGUGUCGUAACAGCAGUGAUAAUUUAUUGUAAAUGGUCGUUUCAAUACUGGAAAGACCGGGGUGUAACUCAUCUAGAGCCAAAGCUAAUAUGGGGAAAUCUUCGUCCUCCUCAUAGGAGAAUUAUUUCUAUUGGAGAUGAGGUAGCGGAACUUUACAAAAAAGCCAAACAGAACGGAUGGAAGCAGCUGGGAUUUUAUAACAUGACUGAACCAAUCUACAUGCCGAUAGAUUUGAAUAUUUUGAAACAUAUCAUCACAAAGGAUUUCAGUCAUUUCGUCGAUAGAGGAUUGUAUGUAAAUGAGAAAAAUGAACCAAUAUCUGCUCAUCUAUUUGCAAUUGGUGGAACAAAAUGGAGGAAUUUGAGAAUCAAAUUCACACCCACAUUCACCUCAGGAAAAAUGAGAACAAUGUUCAAAACUAUCACUGUUUGCGGUGAUCAACUCAACAGAUAUUUGAUAGAGAAGAUAACUCUUCACGAACCUGUUGAUAUUAAAGAUAUCUUGGGAAACUUUUCGACUGAUAUCAUCGGAUCAUGCGCUUUUGGUUUGGAAUGUAACAGUUUUAAAGAUCCUGAUAGUCCGUUCAGACAAAUAGGGAGAAAAGUGUUCGAUAGAACCCGCUUUGAAAACUUAAAAUUCAUAUUUGCUAAUAACUUUCCAAAAGUAGCAAAUCUUCUAGAUAUACGCUUACUUGAUGCGGAGGUGUCAAAUUUUUUCACUAAAGUGGUUGCUGAUUCAGUUAAAUAUAGAGAAGAGAACCAUGUGCAUCGUAACGACUUUUUACAAUUAUUGAUUGAAAUAAAGAAUCAAGCAAAAGAUGGAGAAAGAUCAGGAGAUGGUUCUACUUUAACCUUGGAUGAGAUGGUGGCUCAAAGUUUUGUAUUUUUCGUCGCUGGGUUCGAAACUAGCUCCACAACCAUGACUUAUGCCCUUUAUGAACUUGCUAGAAACCCAGAUAUUCAGCGGAAAGUACGAGAUGAAAUCAAUUUUAUUCUAAACAAGUACGGUGGUGAAGUUACUUACGAUUGUUUGAGUGAAAUGAAGUAUUUGUCACAAGUUAUUGACGAAACACUUAGAAUGUAUCCAGCUGUUCCUUUCAUCACUAGAAAGUGCGUAGAAGAAUAUGUAGUUCCGGAAACGAAUUUAAAAAUGUCUAAAGGUACAAGAGUUUGGAUUCCCAUAAAAGGAAUACAUUACGAUGAAGAUUACUACUCAAAUCCGAAAGUUUUCAAUCCUGAGAGAUUUUCUGACGAGAAUAAACGAAACAGAAAUCAAUAUGCUUUUAUACCAUUUGGAGAAGGACCAAGAAUGUGCAUAGGUAUGCGUUUUGGAAUUGUACAAACUAAAGUUGGUUUGAUCAAUGUUCUAAGGAAUUUUGAAAUAAGGAUUGAUAAAAAGACGAAAACUCCAUUGGAAACAGACAUAAAUAGUUUCAUUCCUAAAGCAGAAGGUGGAAUUUGGUUGAACAUGGAAAAAAUAUAACGUAAAAGAUGAAGAAAAACUUGUUGAUCUAAUUCAUAUUAUCUUUUUAUUAAUGUAUUAUUAGAUUAUUUUUUUGCAAGAAAAAAUCAUAUUAAAAUCUGAAGUACA